AUGAGCGACUCGUUCGUGCAGGAGACCGUCCACAUGUCCAGACACUAUGUCGGCGCAACGCGUCACCCGAACGUCAUUGACGCCACGCGCUGGAAACGAGUCGCUCGGUUUCGCCACCUCGUCAUGUACGAAGAACGGCGGCGUCAAUGGAGCCACGACAGCCGAACCAACGACAGUACGCGCAAAUUGGGGUCGCGUUUGGCCGACUAUGACGUUGUCACCGACGACGUGCGCUUGUUGCCCGCCACGUUGAUGGUCGGGACCUUCCCAGGCGAUCUCGAGUCCGUGAUGUUUGGCCUCCAGAGCGGCACCGAAGACGCCACGCACUUGCGCGCAUCGUGUCUCGGCGACACGAACGUCGACGAGCGGCUGCUCGCGGCGCCACUGGGAUCGUCCAACUUUGAAGAUCCAUUGCACUCGUGCACGCUGCGAUGGCGAGGCCUGCGGUACGGUGCAGCGCUGGCCUCGGGCACGCUCUUCCGGUCGCGCUUUACGGAGACCGUGUACAUUGAGUCGACGGGCAUGACGCGACUCGACCAGGGCGAGCGCGUGGGCUACGAGCUGCUGCAGUCCGUGGCGAUUCCAGACCUCGACGGCCACCGUCGCGCCGAGAAGAAACAAGCCGUCAUCUCGUUCUGCUACGUCUACCGCCAGCCAACACCAGGCCUCGUCGAGGUCUUUAUGCUCGGCUCAACGUCCCGCGACGGCGUCUUGCUCGGGGGCGCUCUGGCCAAAAUGCACAGUCUCCAUCGACUCGCGCAGUGCGCUGAGCUCAAGAAGCUCGCGUGGCUCUUGCACUCGAGCAACCCGACGCUGUCGAACUCGACCGAAGGCGGCUGCUGCGCCGAGUGCUACCGCGCGUUCAGUCGCUGGCCCCGGCGCGCCGAGCGACAGUGCAGUGCCUGCGACGAACGCGUGUGCGCGAGCUGCACAGUGUACCGGCAGAUGCGGUUCGUCCAGCCGAGUCGGCGGAAGGUCACGUCUACGAAACGCGCGUUCUGCGGCCGGUGUCUCCAGCGGGCCGAAGAAACGAGUCCCGUGAUGAUCGCCGCCUUCGAAGCGAUCGAAGACGGGAAGCACCUGACCAGGAGCCACUUUGACACGAUCAAUAGCUCGCAGCCACCGCUGUCGAGUGCAUCGAAUUGGAGCAGAGACUGCCUCGAGAUCGACGACGAGCUCGUGAUGACGAUCCUCGGCGACUGA